CUGACGCGCGGUUGCACAUAAACUCAAUCUGUAGUUGUUCAGAUUGGACUGUUGUUACCUUCACCUGGUCAUUUCACCUUCCUGCUGCAGUGAUUUUGUGGGUGGAGGAGACACAGCGGUACCCACGUUUGGACGCACCUUAUUCUGCUAGUCUCAGAUACGGUUUGCUGUAGUCAUGCAGGCACACGAGCUGUUGAAGCAGCUGAGAAUCCCUGAGCUGUCCGAGGUCAGGGAUUAUUUCCGCAGCCUCUCCACCAACACGCUCCUCGGCAUGGGCGCGUUCACCGCCGUCACGGCGUACUGGUACGCCACGAGACCCAAAGCACUCAAACCGCCCUGUGACCUGCGCAUGCAGUCGGUUGAGCUCCCGGGUGGAGAGUUUGCUCGUCGAGCGGCCAUUUUAAAUGGAGGCCCCCUCUUGAACUAUAUCUACGAAGAAGCCCAGACCAUGUACGAAUGCUUUCAAAGGGGCCUGAGGGAGUCGAAAAACGGUCCCUGCCUGGGAUCCAGAAAACCAAAGCAGCCGUAUGAUUGGCUUUCGUACUCAGAGGUGAUUGAGCGAGCGGAGAAUUUGGGAUCAGCAUUUCUACACAAAGGACAUUCGAAAAACGGAGACCCCUACGUCGGCAUUUUCUCUCAGAACAGGCCAGAGUGGACGAUUUCAGAGCUGGCCUGCUACACAUACUCUCUCGUAUCAGUUCCUCUGUACGACACCUUGGGCACAGAAGCGAUAGGCUACAUCCUCGACAAAACCUGUAUCUCUACAGUCGUAUGUGAUGUAGCUGAGAAGGCCAAGCUGCUGAUGGACUGCGUUUCCGGCACACAGCACUCGCUCAAAACCCUGAUCCUCAUGGAAGAAUUCGACGCUGAUUUGGUGAGCCGAGGACAGCGGUGCGGCAUCGACAUCAUCAGUCUGAAAGACGCAGAGGAUAUUGGCAAGACUCAUCGGCAGCGUCCUGCGCCGCCUCAGCCUGAUGAUAUGGCUAUUAUUUGUUUUACAAGUGGAACCACAGGAAACCCUAAAGGUGCGAUGCUUAGCCACAAGAACAUAGUGUCAAACCUUUCUGCCUUCAUCCAAGUCACAAAGUCCGCUUGCCCCAUGAGCCCUCAGGACUCGCACAUCUCCUACCUGCCCCUGGCGCACAUGUUUGAGAGAGUCGUACAGGGUACGAUUCUGUUGCACGGCGGACGGAUCGGAUUCUUUCAGGGUGACAUCCGUAUUUUGAUGGAUGACCUCACGACCUUGAAGCCCACCAUAUUCCCUGUGGUUCCUCGUCUGCUGAACCGUAUGUUUGACAAGAUCUAUGGACAGGCCAACAGUCCCCUGAAGAGACGCAUACUGGAGUUUGCCUUCAAGAGGAAAGAGGCCGAGAUGUUGAGUGGAAUCAUGAGGAGGGACAGUAUAUGGGACAAGAUCAUCUUCAAGAAAGUCCAGGCCAGUGUCGGCGGUUGCGUGCGAUUGAUGGUGACUGGAGCCGCACCUGUUUCAGCACCUGUUCUCACCUUCCUGCGCGCUGCGUUGGGCUGCCAGUUUUAUGAAGGAUACGGACAGACUGAAUGCACCGCCGGCAGCACAACUACACUACCAGGAGACUGGAUUGCAGGUCAUGUUGGAGCUCCUCUGCCCUGUAAUGAUAUCAAACUGGUGGAUGUGGCCGAGAUGAACUAUUUUGCCGCUAACGGCGAGGGAGAGGUGUGUGUGAGGGGUCCUAAUGUUUUUAAGGGAUAUUUGAAAGACCCGGAGAAGACAAAGGAAGCUCUUGAUGAAGGAGGUUGGGUUCACACGGGAGACAUCGGCCGGUGGCUUCCGAAUGGCACUCUGAAGAUCGUGGACCGUAAGAAGCACAUUUUUAAGCUGGCUCAGGGAGAAUACAUCGCUCCAGAGAAGAUCGAGAACAUCUACAUCAGGAGUGAAGCUGUGUCGCAGGCCUUCGUACAUGGAGACAGUCUGCAGGCCUGUCUGGUGGCCAUCCUUGUGCCUGAUCCAGACUAUCUGCCCGGCUGGGCCAAGAAGAGAGGCAUAGAGGGCUCAUAUGAAGAACUGUGCAAAAACAAGGAGGUAAAGAAAGCUAUUCUGGAGGACAUUGUGAAAUUGGGUAAAGAAAGUGGCCUGAAGUCUUUUGAACAGGUGAAGGACAUUGCUCUACACACUGAGAUGUUCUCCAUCCAAAAUGGCCUCCUGACGCCCACCCUUAAAGCCAAACGUGCCGAUCUCAGGAACUACUUCAGGAAUCAGAUCGAUGAGCUUUACUCCACCAUCAAAAUGUAAACCAGAGGAAGUGCCUCAGAUGUUUCAGAGCAACAGAGCUGAUCUGGGUUUAUGACUGAAUAGAGCUGAUCCAAGAUCAGAGACUCAAUGAGCUUGUUGUCAUACAGCAUCGGUUUUAAGUGCCCUUCAGAAUAAGACGAAAUACCCUCGAUCAGUUCUGUUACUCAAAGACUUCAGCUUUAAACAACCCUCCUCAGGAAAACAUCCCAGAAUUUCACACCAUCCGACUAUUUUAAGAGAAAGAAAGGAGUAUAAGCCUAAACAAACAACUAGUUAUUGAAGACAAAAAUAUUCCUUCUUUAAUCUGAGUGCAUUUGAUGUGUAGAAAAGCCAAACAUGAUGUCAUGCUUAACAGAGCAAACCUUCAUUUUUAAACGUUUGUUUCAUGUAACGAUCUCACAUUGUGUGUGUUCGGGAAAUAUUUAUACAGUCUCAGGGAAAAAUGUGCCUUUAUUAAUGGACAUCAUCUGCAUUUGAGUGUUACUGAUGAGAGAGAAAACACACACAUGAUAACAAACAAAGCUAAUAAUACAAUACUGUACCUCAUAAUCAACAUGAAGAGCAAAACACUUGGUGGAAAGUGGGAACUAUUUCAAGAUUUUGUCUUCCAGUAGUUAUUUUAAUGUUCUGAAGCUUUUUCUGGACCGGAAGUGGAUUAAAAAGGGUAUAGUUUUUAUUUAUUUUAGGAGAAUGACUGUAAUCAGGCCUUUAUUCAAGAAACACUAGCAAAGCGAAUUUGUUCAGUUUAAUUUUUCUAUAUAUUUACGUAUAACUUAUACUAUACAUAUUGUUCCAAAGCAGCUUUACAAAGAAUAGUGCCUUACAAAAUGUGUGCGCAAAUGAAUCAUUUAGGCUACUCAAAUUAGUUUUGUUUGCGUUUCAUGAAUAAAGCCCACUCACACCAAGAGUGAUAACUAUAGCGAUAAAGAUAUAGUUAUAAUAAUCAUUUUAAAUUUAAAAGAGUCUGGAAAUCCAGCAUGGCGGCCACAUGCAAGUAGUCAUCGCUAGAAUCACUUUCAGAGCGAUAAAAACAUCGACAGCCAAUCAGAAUCCAUCCUGCUGUGACGACAAAACUGCAGCGCGCGCUAAUGAUAUUCUAAUACAGUUGUCAUUAAGGUUAUCGUUCUUGGUGUGAACGUGCCUUAAGUUUAAACACAGCCAAGUAUCAAUCAGCUGAUUAAAAUGUGUACCUAAUAUAUAAGCCAUAUACUGUCUAAAUGUCAGCAUUCAGUUUUGUUGCAUAAGUGCCUAUUUAUGUGAAGGCUUUAAUGGCAGAUGAUAUUAUGGUGUUUUCAUGUGUAAUAUUAUAAGCAUGACGUGUCUCAUAUCAUUAUACAGUAGCUGUCCACAUGUGUCCUUAUGUUUCAUUGAUGGUUGCUGCUUCAUGUUCAUUGUAAUUGUGUGUUUAUUAUGCACAGGUUGUUUUUAUUGUUUGUUUUAAUCACACUUAUUAUCCAUUAACGUGAUAUUAAUGUAAAUUUUCCAUGUAAGAGAUGUACAUGUUUGGAAUUAAAUAUGAUUAAUGGUUAAUGAA